CUCCGCCGGGAUGCUCUCCUUCAUGUCCGUCAGAGGCGGGGAUCGUCAGUUCUUCUUCGUCUGCAGCGGAGCCCUGGACGAAGUUGUCAAGGCCCAAAAGCUUUCGGCUGCCCAUGAGGUAGUGCUGUCACAGACCUGCUGGGAGCUGUGUGAUCAGAAGCGAAUCAGGGCCAAGCCUCUUGCUGGCAAAGGGGCCGUGAAGGUUGUGGGAAUGAGGCGCUUAGCUCGCCGAGAAUGGAAAGAUGCUGUAGUCCAGCUGAGCAGUGCCAGAGGGGAGAGGCAUUUGAAAGGGACGGGCCUCCGAAGGCCGACUCUUAGGAUGUGCGAUGAUUCUGAACUGGCAGCGAGGCUGGAGAAGUACUUAUCGACAGCUGUUCUCCGGAAGCUUCGUGAGGACAUGCCGCUGGAGCUGUGCUCUGAGCUACGGCCCGUCACCAGCCUCUUUGUCCAGCUGAAGUUUGCUGACAGGAUCAACGCAAUCGAGCUCAGCAGCAGCCUCGGUGACUGCAGCAACACGAUUUCAGGCAUCAUCAGCCCUCACAAGGGUGAAAUCAACAAAACUCUUCUGUUUGACAAAGGCUGCACCUUCCUCUGCGUGUUUGGAUUUCCUGGAGAAAAGCUGGCCCACGAGAUCACCCACGCCUUGGAAUGCGCUAUGCAGAUCUUCCACAUGACCUCCAUGGGCCUGAGAAAACUCCAGCUAGUGUCUGUUGGGGUCAGCAGCGGGGCAGCGUUCUGCGGCUUCACUGGCCAUCCCGAGAGGUUUGAACACACAGGUAGGGCUCCUUUGUCUUAGGAGUGUGAGGCUGGCAUG